ACCGGCGUUUGUCCCUCAUUCACCCCUCUCACCCACCUCACUGACCUAAUACAGCGAUCUCUAUUGGACAGUGGAUCACCACAUAGACCUCAAGCACGAUGGCGAGCAUGCUUCCUGGUCUCCGCAGAGGUGCUUUGGUCUCUCGAUCGACACUCCUACCCUCCUCCACGAUCGCAUUCCGACCAUUGACCACGUCUCGUCCAGUGGAGAAGCCAACUCCUAUCUCUCCUCGAGACAAUUCCCCUUCUUCGUCCCUCCCCGCUACACUCAGAGCUCAACAGGGCUCGAAUCAACUCAGUCUGGAAACACCACGUAAUGGAGCUGAAUACGUCCUCACGACCCUUGACAAGAUUGUCAACUGGGCUCGGCAAGGCUCCAUGUGGCCCAUGACCUUCGGUCUUGCUUGCUGCGCCGUUGAAAUGAUGCACAUGGCUGCGGCCCGAUACGAUCAAGAUCGUCUAGGAGUGGUCUUUCGAGCCAGUCCGAGACAGAGUGAUAUCAUGAUCGUCGCUGGAACAUUGACGAACAAGAUGGCACCGGCCUUGAGAAAAGUGUAUGACCAAAUGCCAGAGCCGAGAUGGGUAAUCUCCAUGGGAUCGUGUGCGAACGGUGGUGGAUACUAUCAUUACUCGUACUCUGUCGUCAGAGGCUGCGAUCGUAUCGUCCCUGUUGAUAUUUAUGUCCCCGGAUGCCCACCUACUGCCGAGGCUCUAUUGUACGGAAUGCUGCAACUGUCCAGAAGGAUGAGAAGGCAGAGACAGGCCGUGCGAUGGUACAGGAGAUAGAUGUGUAUCGAAGGACAAGAAGAAGAAGGAACGCAAGAUAGGGUGUAGGCUAUGCCGGUGCGGCGGCGGCUCCAGACACCUCCUGGGGGCUUUUGAAUGUGUGUCGGAACACAACGGCGUGUCCUUUAGGGAGUCUUUUAGGAUGUUCUCGCUGCCCCUGAUGCAUUGUAUCAACAUAUACAUCAUCAUUCCCGACAUCCCGUGUCAUAGGCGAUUGAUCCUUCGGUCCACCCGCGAAAAAUGUUG